AUGUACAAGCACAUCCGUGCCAAGGCUGCCGACAUGUGUCGUUUUCUCGUGAGAGAUCGUGCUGGAAUCUGCCGGGAUGCCUUUGCACCGAGUUGUGUUUCCCCACUACGUCUGCUCCACAUCCUGGAGCGGUCAGGAGUGUGCAUGCAAUACGAGAUUGCCGAGAAGGAUCCUGAGCCAAACGUUGUCGUAUUCUUGCCGUCUGAGACAGAGGGGUUCAGUCCGCUGACCGGGCCUCUUCCCGACAGGGCUUUCUGCCGACCCACAGAAAAGAUGCAAGAGAUGGAGAAGGGCAUCAAAGAGACCUUGGCCAGCUUUAGCCUGAGCCACGUAAAGUUCAAGAACGGUCUGCACUCUGACCUCGUCAAGCGAGAGAUCCGAUGGUGCAAUGGUUUGCUUGCUGCACUCGUGGCAGCUUUCACUGCGCGGGAUUACCAGCAGGAGGUUAGGCAGCAGACAGACAGAAAAGGUCUGGCGGCCUUGGUGAAAUCCGUGCAGGAGGCGGUGCUGCCGAAGCACGGCCUGGCAGCUGAGGACUACGAGUGGAGAACCAUUCAGUGGAAGCUUUGGUUCUACGGUCUCUUGGACGACAGCAACGUGAGGUUGGCCAACGAGGUGAUGCUGGCAUCGCAAGUCAGGAUAUGCGGCCUGCUGCCAUGGAAGAAGGCAAAACCGAAAGAGCAGCCCAAAGUGGAGCUAGUGGAUGAGGAGGAAGAGGAGGAAGAGGAGGAGGAGGAGGAACAGGAAGAAGACCAGGAAGAGGAGCAGGAUGUGGUGCAGGAGACACAGAAAGAUGAUGAGGAGGGGCCGGUUUCAAUAGAGGAGGAGGAGGAGGUGGAGAUAAUUGAGCCAGAGGAGGAUACGCAGCAAAGGAAGGCUGCGGAAGAGGCAGCGCGACAAGCUGAAGAGGCGGAGCGAAGGAGGGCUGCGGAAGAGGCAUCCAGAAAGAAGGCAGCAGAAGAGGCAGCAAGGAGGAGGGCAGUAGAAGAGGCAACGCGAAGGAAGGCUGCAGAAGAGUCGCGGAGGAAGGCAGCGGAAGAGUCAGCGCGGAGGAAGGCAGCAGAAGAGGCAGCGCGAAGGAAGGCCGCAGAAGAAGCGCGGAGGAAGGCCGCAGAAGAGGCGGCACGAAAGAAGGCUGCUGCAGAAGAGGCAGCGCGCAGGAAGGCCGCGGAAGAGGCAGCGCGACAAGCCGAAGAGGUAGAAAGAAGGAAGGCUGCGGAAGAAGCGGCACGGCAAGCUGAAGAAGCGGCACGGCAAGCUGAAGAGUUCAGAAAGGCCGCGGAAGAGGCAGCACGUCAAGCAGAAGAGCAGGCGCGAAGAAAGGCUGCCGAAGAGGCAGCGCGACAAGCAGACGAAGAGGCACGACGGGUCGCACAGGAGGCUGCUGCGAGGGCAAGGCAAGCAGAGGAAAAAAGGAUCGAAGAGCUAGUUGAAGCAAAGCCGGUUCCGGCUCAGGCAAAGCGAAAGACAAAUCAUCGCGAGGAAUCAAGGCACAGCCGGCGAAAGGCGUCAUCCAUGGCGCCUCCGCCCGUGCCCUCAAGGGCCAAAGCAAAGGCAUCGCGGAAGCGGAAGGCGGAGCCCAAGUCUCCACCGCCUCGGCGAGCCUUGGAGCCCGACAGCCCAUCGCCUGGGAAAAAGCCGGGAUUCGUCAGGGGCGCUCGUGUUCGGAUUCUGUCCAACAACGACAACAGGGGCGAGACAGGAAUCCUUGGCCAGUACGACAUGGACAAAGAUCUAUGGGAGGUCACCGGGGAAUUCGGCACUGAGUGGUUUGACUCGGACAGCCUUGCGUUCUUCGUGGCCAAGCGACCCGGCCAGGUCUACUUGGAGGAUGAGGCUGUAUGGCACAGAUGGCUAUCGGGCAUGUCUGCACCCACGACCCCGCAGGAUUUCGCCCUGCUGAUCGCUGCUUGGGGCGCUGCUCCACGCGUCUCCAGACUCCAGAUGUUGCUGUCGGCAACGUCUGAUGCUGGCGCGUGCCAUGUGAUACAUUCAUGUGCUGAAGAGGAUGUCAGCUGGAAGACACAGCUGCUCGCUGUGGCAGCAGGAAACCGACACACAUGGAUUAGAGCUAAGUAG